AUGGACUUUUUACAACAGGCGCCCCCGUCUGUGCAGGACCUCUUGCGCGCUGGAGAGCCGUUCAUCCCGUUUUCCGAGUAUUCUGUUCAGGACAUCACUCAUCUGUCAGAAGAUGAAACCACAAAAUGGGUGGAGACAAAACUCCGCGAUGGGAAGCCAUUUGUUAUACGUGGCUUCUCUCGACUGAAAGAAUGGGACUGGUCGGUUCUGAACAAUGAGAGACUAGGCAGCCUCUCUUCCUCAGCAGCGAUACCGGUAAGGAACUGCCACACCGGGCGAGAUGCGAAAAUGCGGCUCCAGGAUCUCCUUUCGCAGACAGAAUAUGCUCGUACCGGCAAUGUCCGAGAGUUUUUGUACGCAAAAGACCUCCAGUGCCCACAGGAAUGGAUCAAGGCAUUAGAUGCAUUUCUUCCUUCAGCUAUGAGACAUCUUGGGUCUCUUGACUUAUUCCGGACGUUGCCAAAGGAGAUAGCGCCGGAGGUGCUGAUGGCGUAUGUUGGGACUCGGAAAUCUUCCUCAGGAUUUCACAGAUGUUUUAGCGGAACAGUUGCGCUGAAUCUAUUAGUUGAAUCAGAAGGUGCUGGCCCUGGGUCCAUCUGCUUUGGCACCGAUAAACACUCACAGGCCGUAUACGAUACAUAUAUGGAGAGAUUGGGAAAGUCUCCCCAUACCGAUUGGACCGACGUUUCUACUACCCAGCUCAAGUCCGCCAAUUUUCCUAUAUACAUUACCCAUCAGCAACCUGGAGACUUGGUAAUAUUUCCGUCAGCUACUGCCCAUCAAAUUUGGAAUAUCAGUCCGAUGGUUACAAAGGUAGUCUGGAAUGUUAUGCAUAGCUCUUCGCUUGUCUCUUUCUUCGACUACAUCCAGCCAUUCUACCAGCGAUACUGCCAUGCAGACACUGGCCGAGUCCCUCUAAUCCCGUUACAUGCCUUAAUCCGAGGGUCUCUAGGAACUGAGGACGAAGCUCUUCUCCUGGACGUCUUUCUAAAAUUGCUGGAUGAUGAAGCUAUUGAGACUGACUCGGUCCCUCCAAUGAAGACCGUGGAUACCCAGGGGGCCGUGGUAGAAUGUAAUUUCUGCGGCUUGACAAUAUGGAAUCGGCAUCUGCACUGCGAGCAGUGUGGCGACUUUGACUUAUGUCUGACGUGCUUUAUCUCUGGACGCAGCUGCAAACACGUUGCUGACUAUACAUGGGCCGAACUCAUUCCGCGCGCCUACUGCAUGGAGGUUAUUCAGUCGACUCGGAACAGACUGCGUGGUCGAUUACUCUCCCGAAUCAAACAUCCAAAGCAAAAGUCUCUGGGCGCCUUGGCUGCUGCCGCGGCAGAUGCACGGAAACAACCGAUGAUGGAGCGACUCUGUCACUUGUGCCGUGACAGUCAUCCUGCCUGGAAAGGGGUGGCAUGUACCCAAUGCUCCGCAUUCUUUUGCUUCCGGGGCCUCCAUCGACACUUUGACGUGGAUUUGAUACCCUUUCUGAGGAACACAGAUCCAUGGGUAUGUCCAAAGUGCUCCCAUUUUUGCAAUUGCCGAUGCUGCCACUUCCCUCUUCCUUACUCUAGCAAAGACAAGCCUGUGCGGUCUCGGAUCAAGUCGAUUGAUCCUCGCGGUCGAAUCAUGGGGUUCACCGACAACGUAUUCGACCAAAAACGAGGCAAAAGAGCUAGUAUGGCUACUCAUAGCGCAUCCCUCCCGCCUGAAGUGCCUUCCCGGGUACAUAAACGACCGAGAACCCAGGUUAGUGAUGAAGAGGCGGAACUACCACGACAGCAGGAGGACUAUAGUACUUUCACAAAUCGUGGUAUGAUACAGUCGCAAAGUACAGAGGAUACUAUACACUCAAGCGCUCGUCCCUAUGUCAUGUCUUCACGGAGUAUAGGCCCGAAAGGGCAGCUCCGUAUCAGUGAUCUCGUUGAGGAACAUAGCCCUGCUGAAGCUGAGCCUUCCUUUCAGGCUCCCUUCAGGCACGCAUCUCCUCUACUUUCCCUGACGCCAGGAGAUGGCGCAUUCCGACGGCCGGCCAAUGAGCCGAGUGUUCCAGCCACUACAGAUGAAGCCAGUAUCUCUUUUCUUGAAAGGAAAUUGGAAGAGCUCCGUCGAUAUGCCGAUGAACUUCUGGAUCUUUCCCUGGUGGACUCACAUGCGAAGGUUCAGGAGAAAAUCAGUCAGUUGCAGGGUCAGAUUGAAGAGCGCAAGCGACGGAAAGCGGAGGCGCUGUUCGACAGCCUCGAUCGGGAUUUCCCAGAACUUGCCACCGUUGCGAGAGAGGAAGCGCGAAGACGGGGAUUGUAA